AUGUCGGCUCAGGACUUGCCGCCAGCAAAGCGAGCAGCAGCUGAGGAAGAGGAGGAAGACGAUGAAGCUCCGGUCAAAAAGAAGAAGAUGGAAGAGGUUCCGCAACGCAUGGAUUGCCCAUACCUGGGUACCAUCAACAGGCAUGUGCUGGAUUUCGACUUCGAGAAACUGUGCUCGAUGACACUAUCUGGCGACAAUGUCUACUGCGAUCUGGUGGACGGAAAAUUCUUCCAGGGUCGUGGCAAGGAGACUCCCGCCUACCGCCAUGCACUGGAGAAGGGGCACUAUGUAUGGAUGAAUGCAGUUGAUGGUAAAGUCUAUUGCAUUCCGGACGGUUACGAAGUGGUGGACAAGUCCCUAGAGGAUAUCAAAUACAACCUGAUCCCGUUUUUCGAUGAGGAGGAGAUUGAAUUCAUGUCAACACGCGUGCGGUAUUCCAAAGCCUUGGAUGGCACCGACUACAUUCCUGGAUGCAUUGGUCUGAACAACAUUCAGGACUCGGACUACCAGAAUGUGGUCAUCCAGAUGCUUUGCACCGUGAUCCCGAUCCGGAAUUACUUCCUGGGCUACCAGCCACCCUCCGAACGAAAGCCAGACCCCGUGCUGGCAACCAUCUCGCAGUUGUUCCGCAAGAUGUACAACCCCAGGAACUUCAAGGGGAUUGUUUCUCCCCACGAGUUCUACCAGGCUGUCGGCAGAGUUACCCAAAAGAAGUUCUAUGCUAAGCAGAUGGAUCCUGUUGCCUUCUUCUCUUGGCUGAUGGGGUACCUUCACAAAAAGAGCAGAGACAAGAAGGGAGACUCGCUGAUCCACGACGUCUUCCAGGGUGAGGUUCAGGUCAAGCUGUGCCCUGCCCAUGAAGAGUCAAGAAUUACAGAGUCCAAAGAGAAGACGGUAUUCCUGACACUGGAGUUGCCAGACGAGCCGCUUUUCAAGGACAACCUGGACUUUAUUCCGCAGGUGCCGCUGUUUAACCUCUUGGAGAAGUUCAACGGCGAGAAGCCUUUCGAGAAGAUCGCAAAGGGUGGCGAGUCCCGCGAGAUCAGGAGGUACAGCUUGAGGCGCUUGCCUCCCUACGUCAUCUGCGUAGUGAAGCGCUUCCGAAACAACAAUUUCUUCGUUGAGAAGAACCCUACGAUCGUGACGUUUCCCCUGAAAGGACUGGAUCUCAGGGACUACAUUCAUCCAGACUGUCAGCCCGCCAACCCCGAAACGAAGUAU